GCCCAAACAUUAUUUUCUUCUCCCCCAAAAUCCCCACAGUCGAAACCCUAAGAAGUAAGAAACCAGUUCCGAUGUUCUUCAUUCUUCAAUAGAAGAUUCAAUUCACACCAAAAAUAAGUAAGAUUCUGAACUAAUUUAUAAUUGUUUUCAUGAUUUCGUUUAAUUUGAUUUUGUUAGAGAAUGUAUGCGAUUCCAAAACCUAAUUAGAGUAUGUUGAUGAAUUAGGGAUUGAAGUUUUAGAUGUAUAAUCAAGGAAACUUUAGUAGUUCUUCCCAGUUCAGACCUAAUAAUCCCCAGCAAAGCUCUAUGCAGCCUCCUCCACCUUCACAUCAAGGUGGUGGUGGUGCUCCACCACAACCACCACCACCACUACAACCACCUCAGUUUCCAUCAGCUCCAGCACCUCUUGCAGUUCAACAUGGAGGUCCUAUGUAUUACCACGGUCCACCUGGUCCUCCUAGGUUGGCACCAAUACCAUCUUCUCAUGGGCAAAUGUUGUAUAACACAGCCACACAGUUUUAUCCUCCUCCUCCUCCUCCUCCACAGUAUGGACAGUUUUUGCCACCACCACCGCCACUACCAUCUUCUGGUUUUGUUCCGGUUUCUUCUUCUUAUGUACAUUCUUCAUAUGAAAAUCCUUUUGAGAAUGUGUCUCUUCCACCGCCAAGCUUACCGCCACCUCAACCACCACUACCACUUGAUUCUACUUCAAAUGUUUUAGCUAGUUCUUCUGCUAGUUCAGUCGGUGGAAGUGCUGAAGAUGAAAAUAAAUGUGUCAAGGGGGAUACAGGGAAAGAUUCAGAAGUAAAAGGAUUUCUACCUGCUCCUCCACGGAAGCCAGCUGAACAGGAGAUUGUUCACAAAAUUGAACUUUUGUGUCGUUAUAUUGCUAAGAAUGGGCCUGAAUUUGAAGAGACGGCUCGUGUGAACGGAAGUGGGAACCCAAAAUUUGCUUUCUUAUUUGGUGGUGAGCCUGGAAGUGAAGCGGCAAUUGCUCACGAGUAUUUUCAGUGGAUGAAAAGUAAAUGUUGUAUGAAUUUACAAUUGGAUAAACAGCCUGAAAAGACUAUUUCAUUGCCCGUGCCUUUAGAAAUUGAACCUCAUUCAGCUCAAGAUUCCGACAUGGAAAUGGAAGAUGAUAUGAAUCAGUCUGACAAAGAUCAAGGGGUUUCUGACUCAGUUGAAGGGCUAAAAGAGCAUGUUUUCAAGAGUAACGAGGUCUCAUUUGUGAAAGAACAAUCGCCUGAACAUCCGCAUUUGAUAUUCUCACCAUCAGUGAAUACUACAUCUGGACUUCUACCUGGUUCGAAAGCUUCAGUAGUUGCCGCAGAUGAACAAGAACAACAUGAAUGUGUGCUUGAAAGACCAUCUACCGAAGAUGAUAGCUCAGCUUCAGGAGGCCUCAGGUACACUUAUCAAAAGUGGAAGCGGGUCGUUCCUCUCACUGGCCUGGCCAGCGUUCCACAUGCUGAUUCUUGCGUCAGUGGUGAGGAGGCUUCAGGUGCACUUAUCAAAAUCCAGAGCCCAUUAUUCAGACGGUUUCAAGAGUACGCGUCUGAUGACUCUGCAGAAGAUAAUGACGGCAUGCCUUAUGAAGACAUGACUCCUGUAAUGGAUUCACCAUCAGUCACGGCAAGUAAAACAAGUUCACAUGAAGAUGAAAUGACCAUACUGUACGCAGAUGUAGGCUGUGAAAAUAUUUCUGCAAAGGAAGAGGUGAUUUUGCCGUCCGCAGAGUCAGGUUCCAUACAACCUAUUGAUCCUCUCUCUAGGAAGCCAAAUAUUUCACAAGAUUCACUUGAAGUGAUUGAGGCAAGUGAUAUGGCUAAUGAUUCUUUAGACACAACUGUCAAACAUCAGGAUAAUUAUAGUGGAGAUCAAACAUCCUGUAGUUUGACGUUCAAGGAUGACAUGCAAGGUGAUGCUGGUAUUGGUGGCCAUAGUGAUAGGCUUCGGAAACGUAGUACAGAAAAGCGUUUCACCUCAAAGAAAGUUGAUCAGUUCGGGAGAUUGGUUAGAGAAGACGUGAGUGAAAGUGACUCUGAUGGUGCACGCUAUAACAGGAGGCGUGCUAGGAGAGGUAGAAGUAGGAGUAGGAGUAGGAGCAGGAACAGGAGCCGGAGCAAGAGUAGGAGCAGGAGCAGAAGCCGAAGUCGUUCUCCACAUAAUAGACGGAGAAGAAAAAGUCGUAGCCCACGGAGGAGAAAGGAUAGGAGAAACCGAUCUCGCAGCUGGACUCCAAAGAGACAAAGAAGCAGGAGCAGGUCACCCAAUUUUAGGCAUAAAGGCGAGAAUGUUCGUGAGAAAAGGAAGGAUUAUAGUGGUCAGGUUCCAGACUGCAUGGAUUUCCUUCGAGGAAGAUGCUUCCGUGGAGUAUCUUGUAAGUAUCUGCAUCACACUUCAACAAGUGGUGAUCCAGUUAAAGAUAAUAAGAGCAGAUAUCAAGAGUAUCUCGAGCCUCCACAGGCUCCAAAAUACAGUGAUAUCAAUGGAGUUUCACAAAUAGUUAUGAACACAAACGUGGGCAACACAAAUCAACUAUCACAAGGUUCAGUAGAACAUGUCACCUCUUUAAAGGAGGAAUUCAAGAACCAAGAGAUGUUACCCUAUAGCAGCGUUGAUAUGAGAAAAGAUUGUCGUUUGAGUGUGAAUAAAAAUCCGGGUUCUCUAAUGGAUGAUGGAAGACGAGUUACUAUAAGUGGAUCUGUUCAGUCAGCUGCUGGAGUAAACCAAUCCGACUCUGAGGCUGCAAUUACUGGAGUGAUAGUACAACAAGCUCCGCAGGAAGAGCUUGGUGUUCAACUUAAGGAGAACGAGAUUUGCAGGCAGCCGCUGGAGACUCUGCCAUCUGAGGUCUUACCAGUGCAAUUAAAAGUUGUGUCAGAAGCCCAACAUUUGACUGGUGUAGUUUCUCAGAAUGAGCCUUCCUCACUUCCAAAUAAUGUUCAACCGCCCCAAAUUAAUAUUCCCAGUUCUCAGAGUUCCCUAGUGGACGUCUCAGUUCUCCCCUCUCAGCCUAUUUCCCAACCUUUUUGUGGUCAUCCAUCUCACCAAUAUCCGAUCCCAACUUCAAUGAGCCAGACACAGGCGCAUCACAUUACUGCAACUUCCUCGUUCCCACUUCAGAACGUUGCACCUCAACCUACUGAAUCUAAAGAAUUCCAGCAACCCAAUUUUCCAUCAUCAGGUUUCCACUCUUAUGCUUUCCCACUACCCCGUCCCCCUGCUUUUCCUCAAGAUGUUAAUGCGGCAUACAUGUCAAUGCCACCUACUGCAAACAUUCAUGGUCGGUUAGCCCCAACGGAGAGGCUUCCUCUUUAUCAGGCUCCAUUUCAGGACCAACAUUCUCAAUUCCCAGUUCCACCUCAACAGACUUGGGCGCCCUUGCCUCCAGCUUCAAAUUCUGCCUUUCAGAAUCCUGCUUUUCAUCUACAGUUUUUACAGCAACCCAUGCAGCCAGGGAAUGAGUUCUUUCGGCCAGUAAUGAGGCCUUACUCACAUGAAGUGCCUUAUAACAAUAUGUCUCAAUUAUCUGUUGCUGGAGCAUCCAAAUUGCACCACAAUCCAUAUGCAUCUACUUUCGAACAAACUCCUGGAAACUCCAGAUUUAGUUCAGUUCUUAGGCAAGAUAUGGAGCCCAACUACAGAAGUAACAAUGAUUCACUUGGUUCAAAUGCAUCAGUAAGUGGGCAAGGCAUUGGUGCUUUUGAUUCUAAAUUGACUGAUCUACCCUUGGAUUCUAGUAGAUCUGGAGGCCAAGUCCUGGGGAACGAGAAUCUUCCGUUGUUUGAGAGUGUUGAGUCGUCUUCAACUACACUUGGAAAACUAGGAAAUACUGGUAGGCAGGCUGUCGAGGGUGCAAGUGCUGCAAAUAUGUCUCCUGGAGAUGGCGAGUUUGGUGAUACAGCAAUAGAUGCAGAGGUUGGUGCCGUGGAAAAUGGGAGCCCUCACCUUGCAGAAGAAGGGAAUUGGAGCCCAGAGAAUCCAGCUGAUGCAGGAAACACUGCAUCUGGUGAUGAUGAGAUUGGUCAGGUUGAAACAUCAGGGAAGAGCAAGAAGAGCAAGGAUUCCCGAUCAAUGAAACAUUUUAGGGCUGCUCUUGCGGAUUUUGUAAAAGAAGUUCUAAAGCCAUCAUGGCGCCAGGGUAACAUGAGCAAGGAGGCAUUCAAGACAAUUGUCAAGAAAACUGUUGAUAAGGUAUCAGGAGCUAUGAAAAAGCACCAGAUUCCAAAGUCACAGGCAAAAAUAAAUCAAUACGUGGAGUCUUCACAGCGGAAAUUGACAAAACUUGUGAUGGGUUACGUGGAUAAGUAUGUCAAAGUAUGAAGGGUUUGAGGUGCUUUUGACCAUCUUUUACGCUCCUUCAUCAAAGUGUGGAACUGUUUGAAGAAGACGUGUGGUUUGAGGAGAAUCAGAGGAUGCUCUGUGAGAACCAAUGGAGUAAUGAUAGCUGAGUGUCUUGCUUGGUUGAAAGCUGUAGACAGUAUGCUGGAAUCAGGGAGACGGAAGAUAUUGUGGUGGGGUAAGCAAUGGUAGACACACCUGUCAGUUGGAGAAGCAAGGUUAUUCGGCGAGAAUACAGUAGUAAAAUUGAUAGUGAUGGUAGUAUUGUGAAUGUUGUUCAUGGGUACAUAAGUAGAAACUGUAUUUACUUAGCUGACUAUGUUGCUGUGCAAGGUAGAACUCUACACAGAAGAAACAAAGAUAAUAGGAGUUGUCUUAUUUGGUUGAGGGUAUUUUGUGAGAAAAUAGAAUUGUUUAGCUCUGACUUGAUUGUGUCUGUUCAAGUGAUUUUGUUGGCACAGAAACUAGCCAACCUUUGAGAGGGGAACCAACUUAUAUUUGUAAAGACGAAGGCAGUUGGAAAGCUUGAGUAAAAAAGAAAGCAAUCUUGUGAAA